ACCUUGUAAUCAUCAAUGGGGGAUAAGUUUGUUUUACUGGUGAUGUACAUGUGUUUACUGGCAUCUUCGUUCUCCAUGAGCAUGGUUAUGGCUUCUUCCUCGAAUGGUGUGGUGAGACUCGGUCUGAAGAAACAGCGGUUGAGGUUUAACGCCAUGCAUGCUGCUGCUAGAAGUUACCGUGUAGAUGCUAAGGCUGACUCAGAUGAUUCAGGGAUGAACAUUGUUUACCUGAAGAACUAUUUGGAUGUUCAGCAUUUUGGAGAGAUUGGAAUCGGUUCCCCACCGCAGAAUUUCACUGUCAUAUUCGAUACCGGCAGCUCCAACCUCUGGAUUCCUUCUUCCCAUUGUCACUUCUCCGUUGCUUGCUUUUUCCACUCUAGAUACUGCUCUAGCAACUCCAGUACAUAUACAGAGAUUGGGAAGCCCUGCAAGAUCAACUAUGGCUCUGGAAUGAUUCUGGGGUUUUUCAGUGAAGACAACAUAAAAGUUGGGGACCUUGUUGUCAAAAAUCAAGUAUUUACAGAAGCUGUGAGGGAAGGAAGUGCAAUUCUCACUUUGGCUAGCUUUGAUGGGAUACUUGGACUUGGUUUUCAGGACAUUUCUGUAGGGAAUGUUGCACCACUUUGGCAUAGUAUGCUGCAACAAAGCCUACUUGCUGAAAAGGUAUUCUCUUUCUGGUUCAACAAAGAUCCGUCGGUAAACGAGGGCGGCGAGAUCGUGUUCGGUGGCAUCGAUCCUCGGCACUUCAAGGGAAAUCAUACUUAUGUUCCGGUCGUUCGGAGGGGUUAUUGGCAGAUUGAACUGGAAGAUUUUUUAAUUGCAGACCAACCUGCAGGUUUUUGCAUCAACUGCACUGCAAUAUUGGAUUCCGGGACAUCCUUCAUUGCCGGACCCUCGGCUGCCGUGACGAAAAUCAACGAAGCUAUCGGAGCGAAAGGAUUCGCAAGCCUGGAAUGCAAAAAAGAAGUUUCUCAAUAUGGAGAUAUCAUAUGGCAGCUCUUGUUAUCUGGGUUACAGCCCGACAGAUUAUGUUCCGAUAUCGGUGUAUGUUCCUUCAACAGAUCUCGUGCUCUAAGUGACGAUAUCGAAAUGGUGGUACAACGAAAGAGACAGAAGCGCAACGACACCAGAGUCGGGCAGGACCUUCUAUGCGCUGCUUGUGAGUUAACCGUAGCAUGGAUACGGACCGAGCUCAAGCAAGAUAAAACACAAGGACAAGUAAUCGAAUAUGUUAACAAGUUGUGUGACACCCUGCCAAAUCCAACAACACAGCUAGCUGUCAAUUGUGCCGAGAUACCAACCAUGCCUACCGUUUCAUUCGUCAUCGGGAAUAAGUCCUUCGACCUCGGUCCGCAACAGUACAUCCUUAAAGUGGAACAAGAUCACGUUACGUUCUGCAUCAGCGGUUUUAUCGCGUUGGAUGUUCCGGUUUCGCCUCCCCAGGGACCUCUCUGGAUUCUUGGGGAAAUCUUCAUGGAAGCAUACCAUACGGUGUUCGAUUUCGGUAAUCUACGAGUCGGAUUUGCAGAAGCUGCUUAGGAUCGGUUGAAGGAGAUGACUAGAUGAGCAAUGCUAUCUGCAAGAAAAAUGCUUGCUUUGCUUUGUUA